AUGUCGAUCUCAUCCGAUCCUGUGUACUUUGAGCUCAGUUGGUCUAUCCUGAGCACCAUUGGAAUCGGAAACUUCCUCUUUGGGCUUCUUGUUUGCAGCAUCACCAGCUUUUCACAAAUAUCCGCCAUUCCACUAAUAACGUCUGCCGCCGGGGCCACGGCGAACGGGCUGUGCUACUAUGCAUUCUAUGCCCAAGGGUACCCCGUUAAAGGCAAGGCAGUAGCAUCGGCAUUUGCAGACAUGUUUUGGUUGGUCCAGGAAGCGGGGCUCUCAUUCUACAGCUACGUGAUAUUGAGCCAUGUACUACGAAACCGCCGCUGGCACGUCUUUGCCGGUUUAUUUUGGACUAUUAUGGUUAUAAUUUCAGCCCUUAGAAUAACAAUCACCAUCACGAGGGUCAGAUCGAUCCUAGACGGAGGUAGUUCAUAUCAGGAAGUCAUCGACAAUCUUCAUAUCGGCUACUUUGUAUCGAUCGCCACUGUGGAGUGCAUCAACGCAUACUUCCUGCUAACCGUCUUCGCCUCCGCAAAAACCUCGUCCCUAAAAGCAGCCAUUAAGGCGGGCCCCUUUCGAUAUUUAAUGCGAAGCGCUGAGGUUCGUCUGGCUCUGCUCGCCGUCAUUGGCGUCAUGAGGGCCAUCACAUACUCCUUCCAGACUACCGCGCAGAGCGCGACGAACGUAGCAAGCCAACUAGACCGGUUCGCCUACACCAUGGAAUGCCUCUUCCCUGUCGUCAUGCUCAUUGACAUGCUCGCGUCUAGAUUGGUGUUCACAGAUCAGGCGUAUAUAUCCUCUUCUCGAAGUCAGACACCCAGAAUUUGCCCCAAACAACUCGCCUCAAAUAAUAAUAAGGGGUUGUAUUCUGUACCGCCAAACGAUCAAAUAGUUGAGAUCCACAGAAGUGAAAAUAUUAUUGACCAGACAAGCUCACAGGAGCGUAUCCUUGAGUCUGGAGUAUCUCAAAGGACGGUCGCAGAGGUCGAGCUUGGAGGCAUAAAUGGAAGGUGA